AAUUUCAAAUAGUGCCGAUUAAUACAAAAGACCUUUGGCGUUAUCGCCUAGCCCUAAAAUCACAUUCACCGAGCUCACCUGCAGUGCAGCAGCAACAGAGAAGCCGAUAAGAAGUCCGAAAUUCCCUCCCGUCAUAUUCAUCGGAUUCUCUACCGUAUCAAACUGAAAUCAAAGAUUUCAAGCACUUGGGACAAAAAUGAGCUAUGGAACAAUACAUAGGGAUGUAUAUGGGGAGUGGGAGAAGUCAGGGUGGCAUUUUGUAUUUAUAUAUAGUGGGAGGUUGUUGCUCACUUUCAGGAGAGCUAUCAUCUGCAAAACUUAUAAAGAUGAGGAGACCCAAAUAUUAAUUUCAAAUAAAUUAUAGCUUUUGGAGCAUCUUGGAGCAUAUGAGAAAUGGAGCUUGUGGAGUACCACUCAACUCGAGGAUUGCUCUCUUGGUUUGCUUCAAAGUUUUUCUACUUGAAUCUGUUACUGUCGAAUCAAAUACAACAUAAUCAAAAUGUAUAUCCAAUUUAUUUUUAUAAGUAUUGCUCAACAAUGUUAAUUGGAAGUUCUUGCACUGUUUAUAAGUUACACUGACGUGCAACAUUGCAGUGAAUAAUACCUCCAUAGUUCAGAAUGAGUGGCCGUUUUUCUCGCACAAUCUAUGUUGGCAACCUUCCCGCAGAUAUAAAAGAAUGGGAAGUUGAAGAUGUAUUCUACAAGUAUGGGCGUAUACUGGAUAUUGAGUUGAAGAUUCCCCCGCGUCCUCCUUGCUAUUGCUUUGUAGAGUUUGAAAAUGCUCGUGAUGCUGAAGAUGCUAUCAGGGGUAGAGACGGCUACAACUUUGAUGGCUGUCGUCUGAGGGUUGAGCUUGCUCAUGGUGGUAGAGGGCCGCCAUCUUCAAGUGAUCGUCGUGGUGGCUAUGGCCGCAGUGAUGGUGGAGGGCGUCAUGGUAUUUCUCGCCAUUCUGAGUAUCGAGUUAUUGUUCGUGGCCUCCCGUCUUCUGCUUCCUGGCAAGAUUUGAAGGAUCAUAUGCGAAGGGCUGGUGAUGUUUGCUUUGCUGAAGUUUCCCGUGACAGUGAAGGAACCUUUGGCCUGGUCGACUAUACAAACUGUGAUGACAUGAAAUAUGCUAUUCGCAAACUUGAUGAUACCGAGUUCAAGAAUCCUUGGACAAGAACCUAUAUCCGGGUGAGAGAACACAAGCGAAGUCCAUCCAGAAGCCGCAGCAGGAGCAGGAGCAGGAGCAGGAGUCCGAGGGGGAGCAGAAGUCCGAAGAGGAGUAGGAGCAAAUCAGCUGGAAGAUCUGUUUUGAGAUCACCGCCGGCGAAGUCUAGAUCUGCAUCUCCCGUGAAGUCGACUAGACCCAGGUCCAGGUCCAAGUCCAGAUCAAGGUCGGCGUCCCCUCGUCAGGCACGAUCAAACAGUGGCUGAUUUCAUGUGAUUUUAUUAGGUGUACCCCACUAAAACUAUGCUUAGUUCGAUUUUUGACUCAAACUGCAAAGUGUGUACCUAAAGCAGAACCAUUUGAGGUCUUUCUGGUCCUACUUGAGAGCUGUGUUAUCCUGCAAGCUAGGGUGUGUAACUAUGCUUCUGGUUAAAGUAAAUUGACUGAAAAAUCAAGUUAUUUCAAAUUAUUUCCUAAAAUA